CGUGUUUGGAAAGCACAAACACCCCGAUACUACGUUGUCAAGAGGGAUAAAACAAGGCGCUUGGGCAAGGUUACGAGGAAUCGUUGGAGAUGUCAACGGCGGUAGAUAAGCUGACGGAUGAGAAUCAGCCAGGACAAGUUUCACAACAAGCGCCCCAUCCACUGUUGAAAGCGCUGUUUGAUAAUUGGGAGGAGCCGAAGUACCAGGUCCCAUCACAACAGAGUAAGGAUGUGACGUUGGAGUUUGGAGAUGAAGGCCGUUCAUUGGAGGAGGUGAGGUUUCUCCAGACCACGAGACCGUCGCAGUUCGACGAUGAGGAUGAAUUGGUACAGUUCAAAGACACCCUGGAGCAGUUUGAAGAGGUGUUGAUGCCCCUUGGUGGUUUCCUCAAACGGUUCAAUGAGCAGCUGGCAAACCUCUCUAAAGAGCUGGAGAGCUUGAAGACCAAGGCCACUGCGCUCUCGUCGAAUCUUGAUCGUGAGCGUGAGCUGGAGCAGAAGUAUUCACCUAUGGUUGGUGAUUUGGCGAUACCUCCGGAGGUUGUGAGGGAGAUCUACAACGGAGAGGUGAACAAAUCGUGGUGUGAAGUGUUGAAUGUGAUUGAGGAUAAGAGGUUGAUCUAUGAGAAAUACACUGAGGAACACCACAUGGAGCUUGUGGCGCCCUUGAAGCAACUAUUGGAGGCUUUAAACAAGAAGGCAUUGGAACGCAUUAAGAUGUUUGUUGUCUCCAAGAUUAAAAAGCUGAGAGUUGUUGGCACUCCAUCUCAAGUGGUUCAAAGCGAACUGCUGGGUGCGAAGGAGGCAUUCAAUUACUUGCAGAAGCAGGAGCCUUCAUUGGCGUUGGAGCUGAAACAGGCAUAUAUCUACACGAUGAGAUGGUACUACAAGGCGUACUUCCACAGAUAUGUCAGCUCAUUGGCCAAAUUACACCUUCAAUUGUACGAGAAGAGCGCACUGAUAGGUGGUGUCCAGUCAUAUUUCCAUACACAGCAGACAGAGUAUACGAUUGGUAAGAGAAGCUCGAUAGUCACCGCAGAAGACCCCACGGUCAUGCCGGCACAAAUUGCAGAGCACAACCCAGCAAAGUCAUGCGUGGAGGUUGGGUUUAGAAGUUUCAACUUGGCAUUGUGCGAUAAUGCCAGUGUUGAAUUCCUCUUCAUGUCUGAAUUCUUUGGAGAAAAUGUCAAUGCACUUCUGGAGCAGAUCCUGGACCCAACGUAUCAGUUGGGCUCUGCUUAUACGAAGUCGUUGAUCACGAAUUCCUACGACAUAUUUGGCGUCUUGAUAAUGAUCAGAUUAUCCCAGUCUCUGAUCUUUGAAUUGCAAAAGAGAAGAAUUCCAGCUGUUGAAGACUAUCUAAACCUACAAAUGAUCUUACUCUGGCCUAGAUUUCAACAGCUGGUCGAUGCAAAUUGUGAGAACUUGAAGAGAGCAGCUUCCAAGUCAUCUGCCAUAACCAUGAUUAGCACAUCAGCACCGCAUCCAUUGACCAUUCAAUUUACCAAUUUGAUCUACGGCUUUCACCAAUUGACACACAAGGAAACACAGACCACACAGGAACCCUUGUCUCAGUCUAUCCAAAGGCUGAGAAACGACUAUGAACAAGUUAUGACAAAAUUGAGUAAGAACACCAAACAAGCUGAGCUGUUCCUCUACACAAACUAUGCACAUGUACUCAGUGUCCUCACAGAAUGUGAGAGCUCAACUGAGAGAGAUCAUUUCCAAGUUCUUGUGAGUGCUUUCGAGCCUUCAUAGAUUCCAUAGACUGUACAU